CCAGGAUGCUAGAAACCAUGUUAACCAAGCCAUAUACCUGCUUAUGAACAGAGAUGUAAACUACCAGUUCAAAACAGGCUCGGAGGUUCUCAAGCUCAUGGAUGCUGUGAUGUUACAGCUUUCAAGAGCCCGAAAUCGGCUCACCACUCCAGCCACUCUGACUCUACCAGAAAUUGCCUCCAGUGGUCUCACAAAAAUGUUCACCCCUGCUCUGCCUCCAGACGUCCUUGUGAAUUUCUAUAUUAAUCUGAAUAAGCUGUGCCUGACGGUCUACCAACUCCAUGUGCUGCAGCCCAGCACAACCAAGAACUUCAAGCCUGCUGGAGGGUCCAUUUUACACAACCCUGGAGCCAUGUUUGAGUUUGGAAACCAGCGGUAUGAAGUCAGCCAUGUCCAUAAAGUGGAAUGUGUUGUCCCGUGGUUAAAUGAUGCCCUUGUCUUCUUCACAGUUUCACUGCAGCUUUGCCAGCAACUGAAGGAUAAGAUCUCUGUUUUCUCCAGUUACUGGAACUACAGGCCAUAUUAAUUCUCUGUGGAGUGUCCAAGCCCUUACAGCGCUUCCAGUGUCUCCCUGUUUGUUUUCAACAUGCCAGCUGAGUUCAGGUCAGCCUGAGGAGUGGUGUAGUUUGCUACUAUGUGGCCCUCUGUAGGUCAGUGUAUCCAGAGACACAACUUCAGUAGCCUUCGCUGGGACUGCUGCAUAAGCAGGGCACCAAGCAUGCUGUGUGGCUGGCGAGAGCUUCCACCUGUCUUUGUUCUCAUGUGCGGUGUGUGGCU